AUGGGAUCCAUGAGCCCCGAAAAACAGUGGGAGGUGAUGAUCGUCGGCGGCGGGUUCGGCGGGAUGUAUCUCUUGCACAAGCUGCGUCAGUUCGGGUUUGACGUACACCUGUAUGAAGCAGCGAGCACCUUCGGCGGCACCUGGUACUGGAACUGCUACCCUGGAGCCCGCGUCGACUCGAUCGUGCCCACGUACCAAUUCUCCUCCGACGAAACAUGGGACCAGUGGGAAUGGAGCGAGGCGUACCCCAAGCGUGAAGAGCUCGAGACCUACUUCCAGCACGUAGGUAAGCUGUGGAACCUGCACGCCGACGCGACGUUCAAUACCCGCGUGGUGAGUGCGCACUGGGACGUGGCGCAGAAGUUAUGGGUUUGCAAGACCUCGAACGAGCACGACAACACCACAACCGUCGUGAAGACGCGCAUUCUGCUCUUCUGCGCCGGACUCGCAGCUGUGCCGUAUAAGCCGCCCUUCCGAGGCGUCGACGACUUCAAAGGAAGUAUCUAUCACACUUCGAGGUGGCCGCGUGAAGGAGUCGACCUCAAGGGCAAGCGGUGCGCCGUGAUCGGCACCGGAGCGACAGGGGUUCAAGUGAUCCAAGAAGUUGGGCCCGUGGCCUCGCGGCUGACCGUGUUUCAGCGGACGCCAAACACGGCGUUGCCGAUGGAUCAAGCGCCCCUGAAUCGCGAAGACAACAACAAGCUGAAGAAGGACAUGCCGGAGAUAAAGGAGCUCGCCAAAGCGACGUGGGCCGGCUUUCUAUACUCCUGGCACGACAAGUCUGCGCUGGAGGACAGCCCUGAGGAGCGCGAGAAGUUCUACGAGGAGCUGUGGAAGAGGGGAGGCUUCGGGUUCUGGGUGGGCAACUACAAGGACACGUCCUUCACACCGGAGGCCGCCGAGGCCGCAUACGCGUUCUGGCGCAAGAAGACGGCGCCGCUGAUCAAAGACCCAUACAAACAGGAAAAGCUAUGCCCGGAAAAGGCGCCGAACCCGUUUGGUACGAAGCGCAUUUCCCUGUACCGGACUUAUUUCGACGUCUUCAACCUUCCCACGGUGGACCUGGUGGAUGUCAAUGAGAAACCGAUCGACGAGAUCACCGAGAAGGGAAUCAAACUGCAGGACGGCACUGAAAUCGAACUGGACGUGAUCAUCUUCGCGACGGGCUUCGACACCAUCACCGGCGGCCUCACGCACGUCGACAUCCGCGGGACGGACCCGUCCUUCACGCUGGGCGACAAGUGGAAGAAGGGCUGUCAGACGUACCUGGGCAUGUGCAGCCACGGGUUCCCCAACUUCUUCUGGGUAUACGGGCCGCAGUCGCCCGGCCCUUUCUCUAUCGGACCCAACUGCAUCGAAUUCCAGGGCGACUGGCUCACGGACAUGCUGCGCGACCUCCGGCGGGACCGGGUCACUACGAUUGAGGCCACGCUCGAGGCCGAGCAGAAGUGGCGCGAGGGCAUCCUGGCCGCGGGCGAGAUGGGGCUCUUCAAGUACGCGAAAAGUUGGUGGUUUGGCGCCAACAUCCCCGGGAAGCCCAGAGAGUGUUACAACUACAUGUUGGGCAUGCCGCAGUACAGGAAGACAUGUGGAGAGGUCAGGAAGAAUGGGUACGAGGGAUUCCAGCUGAAGCAGGGCUAG